AUGAAACCCUCCACCCUACUCCUUCUCGCAGCAACGGCCUCCGCCGCGCCUCUGGCUGUGCGGCAGGAUACCCCAACUCCUGAUCCAGCUGCGGGCGUCGAUCCAGGCUUCUCCGUCGGCCCUCCGCUUCCCCCUCUUCUAAAAGCUAUUUUCUCCUUGUUAGGCAAACUCCGAGAGGGAGGCGAAGGCCAUGAUAUUAAGGAUCUCCUAGAGAAACUUCACGGAGGAAGGAACUCCAGCCACGGCCACAAUCAUACCCGACCUGGUGGCUUCAAGCCCGGUAGGCCCGGCAAGCCCGGUUCCCCAGGGUCUAAUAGCACCGAGGGAGGCCUCCCUGAUCUGUCCGCGUUGCUUGGCGGUGAAGGCGGAGAGGACAGCCCGUUGUCCGGACUGGCUGGUCUUCUAGGUGGUGCCGGUGGUGCCAGCGGUGGGAGCGGGGAGGACAGCCCGUUGUCCGGACUGGCUGGUCUCCUAGGUGGUGCCGGUGGUGCCAGCGGCGAAAGUGGGGAAGACAGUCCGUUGUCCGGACUUGCUGGUCUCUUAGGUGGUGCCGGUAGCGCCAGCGGCGAAAGUGGUGAGGACAGCCCAUUGUCCGGACUUGCUGGUCUCCUAGGUGGUGCCGGUGGCGCCAGCGGCGAAAGUGGUGAGGACAGCCCAUUGUCUGGGCUUUCCGGUCUCCCCGGUGGUGCCAGCAGCGGAAGUGGAGAGAGCGGCGAGUCGUCUGGCCUUGCUGGUCUUCUUGGUGGUGCCAGCGGUGGAAGCGGAGAGGGCAGCCCGUUGCCCGGACUUUCUGGCCUCCUCGGCGGCGCUGGUAGUGCAAGCGGUGCCGGCAGCGAUAGUGGCUCGGCGGCAUCUCCGUCGGGCGUAUCCAGCGCCACGACAAUCAGCACGGGAAGCAGGGGACCCAGCGUCCCGGAUUCUGCGAGCGGACCCAACUGCAGCCUUCUCCCGGGAGGACCGUCGAAUUCUACAAGCCCCACUCCUUCCACCCCGUCUGUUGGGGCCGAAGAACCCAGGUUCUCUAUCCUUCCGGUCUCCUCCAGCACAUCGACCUCUGGCUCCUCGGGAGCAUCUGGCUCAUCUGGCGAAGCGACUGGUGGUCACACCCACGCCGGAGAGGCUUCUGGUCAUUCGCAUGGGGCAUAA